UAAAUUAAAAAAAAAGGGCAGAAAUUUUGUUACCUUAUCCAAACCACAAGUCUGGUCCUUGGUAAGGGGCAUAUGCGAUGGGUUUCCAUGGAUCCUCUUCAUUUCUCCUCCACCCACACUCACUUCCAUUCCCACCAACCUUCCGUCACCGUUUCCAUAUCCCCAAACCCUAACAAUGGCUUGCGCCACCUUCCACCUCUCAACACCCUUCUCCCACCUUCACCCUCUCAACAAGCCCAAACCCCACUCUCCCACUCCCUCCUUCCUCCUCCUCCUCAAACCCUUCUCCAAAAAUCGCACCAAACAUACUCCAACACUCAGAGUCGUUAACUCCGUCGACACCACCAGAGAAGACACGCCUCCAACAUCCGACAACAACGCUGAUUCGCCACCGGCAAUCUCACCGCCGCCGCCACUACCUGAAGAAUCCGAUAGCUUCGACAAGCGGCGCCUGGAGGAGAAGUUCGCUGUGCUGAACACCGGGAUAUACGAAUGCCGCUCGUGCGGUUACAAGUACGACGAGGCCGUUGGGGAUCCUUCAUAUCCGCUCCCGCCGGGGUACCAGUUCGAGAAGCUUCCAGACGAUUGGCGUUGCCCGACUUGCGGGGCGGCGCAGAGCUUCUUCGAGAGCAAGAGCGUUGAGAUCGCUGGGUUCGCUCAGAACCAGCAAUUUGGACUCGGUGGUAACUCUCUCACUUCGGGUCAGAAGGCUUUGCUUAUAUAUGGCAGCUUGUUAUUCUUCUUUGCACUCUUUCUUGGUGGCUACUUCUUACAAUAGUUUAGUUUCAUAAGGUAAUCAAUUAAGGAUUUAUUACUUCCUAUUUUUUAAUAUUUGUCUUUAUUUUAUUAUAAAAAGAGAAAAAUGAUUAAGUUUGAGGGGAAGGAGGUGUGAUUUGUGAAGGGUGCUUGUGUUGGAUUUAUAUUUGGAAUUUGAUGGUAUAUUGUUGAGUUUCCAAGAAAGUUGUAGACUUGUAGUUUUUCGUUAUCCAAUGCCUUGUUGGGAACUUAA